AUGACGGGUCAGUCUUCAGCUUCUCCUGCGCUGCUGCCUCCCUCAUCUUCUUUUGAACCACGUCAGCUCUGAAGUAACUGCUCUGUCGCCUCCUCCUGCUCCUUUCUGAUGAUCUCAGCUGCUGAUCAGCAUCAGUCGUUCCACUUCCACAGACCAACCUCCCAUUUCUGACAUUGAGCCGUCAGCCGGGUGGAGGACGUCCGUUGACGAUGCAGCGGCAGCAGCAGCAUCUGCGUGAGCGGCUCUGUUUUCCCCGUUACGGAUAAUGAAACGGGCCGUGGUUCCAGCGGUUCCAGCGGUUCCAGCGGUUCCAGGAUCAUAGCACUGAGUCAUUAGCAGCGUGUCACCGCAGCCUGCAGCACUGCAGACACACUACGGCGCAGUCACGUCCUCCCUCCUCACUGCGCACCGGCGCCAUGGACGCGGCUCCCGCAUCCUCUCCUGCCUGCGUUUAAUCCUCCUCGGCCGCUGAGACGCGUCUACGUGGAAGCUGUUCGUCGGCUCUGCUCCGUGCGGCUCGCAGCCAUGAAGCCCUGGCUGCUCGUCGUCCUGCUGGGACUGUGUACAGCAUCGGGGUCCAGCAAACAAGAAGAAGAAGACUACGAAGACGUGCCCAUUAAUAAGACCUGGGUGUUGUCACCAAAGGUCUAUGAGAGCGACGUGACCCUGAUCCUCAACAAACUGCUGCAGGGCUACGACAACAAGCUCCGACCCGACAUCGGAGGCAAGCCCACAGUCAUUGAAACUGCUGUGUACGUCAACAGCAUUGGACCCGUGGACCCAAUUAACAUGGAAUACACCAUUGACAUCUUCUUUGCCCAGACGUGGUACGACAGCCGGCUGAAGUUCAACAGCUCCAUGAAGCAGCUCAUGCUCAACAGCAACAUGGUGGGAAAAAUCUGGAUUCCCGACACCUUCUUCAGAAACUCUCGCAAAUCGGAUGCUCACUGGAUCACGACCCCCAACCGCCUCCUGAGGCUGUGGAGCAACGGCAGAGUCAUGUACACGCUGAGGUUGACUAUUAAUGCGGAGUGCUACCUUAAGCUGCAUAACUUUCCCAUGGAUGAGCACUCGUGUCCUCUGGAGUUCUCCAGCUACGGUUACCCUAAGAAUGAGAUCAUGUAUCGCUGGCAGAGAAGGUCCGUGGAGGUGGCGGAUCAGCGCUACUGGAGACUCUACCAGUUUGCCUUCGUCGGCCUGAGAAACUCCUCAGACGUGGCUCACACUCAGUCAGGGGAGUACGUGAUCCUGACCAUCUUCUUUGACCUGAGUCGUAGAAUGGGCUACUUCACCAUCCAGACCUACAUUCCCUGCAGUAUGAUUGUGGUUCUGUCCUGGGUCUCAUUCUGGAUCAACAAGGACGCCGUCCCAGCGCGCACAUCUCUAGGCAUCACAACCGUGCUCACCAUGACGACCCUGAGCACCAUCUCCAGGAAGUCCCUGCCCAAGGUGUCCUACGUGACGGCCAUGGACCUCUUUGUGUCCGUUUGCUUCAUCUUCACCUUCGCUGCUCUGAUGGAGUACGGCACUCUGCACUACUUCACCAGCAACCGGCAGACGAAGAAGGCCAAGGCCAACAACAGCACACAGGUACUGUAGCAGAGCUCUCAGUGCGGGUCCCCUGUGCGACAGUCCCACGCUGACCCACCCGUGGCUUCUCCUCCACAGCAGAAAGCCUCCAGCAUGGUCAACAUCCGGCCCGGCACCUCCCUGCUGCAGAUGAACAACAUCGUGGCCUACGACGACGACGAUGACUACCUCUACGAGUGUCUGGAUGGGAAAGACUGCACCAGCUUCUUCUGCUGCUUCGACGACUGCCGCUCGGGCGCAUGGCGCGAGAACAGGAUGCAUGUGCGUGUUUCCAAGAUCGAUUCCUACUCCAGAAUAUUCUUCCCCACAGCGUUCGGCCUUUUCAACCUGGUCUACUGGAUCGGUUACCUGUACUUAUAAACCAGGACCAUGGAGUUUAAGGCAUUCAUAGCGACAGAUCAGAACAUUUACCAUUAAAUACAUAAUAUACAGAGCCUCACAAAGGCUUCAUGGCCUUGAACUUGUCCACAUGUCAUCACUUUACAACCACCAAAGUUUAUUUUUUUGGUUAUUUUCUGUGAUGGACCAACACAAAGUGGCUCAUAACUGUGACAUGGAAAGAAAAUCAAAAUUAGGUUUUCAAAGUUCUUUAGAAACACACUUGAAUGUGGUAUGUAUUUAUAUGGAGGCCGUUCUAGCAUCUCCCCAGGUUAUGCUACAACCACGUCUGGCACAUUGGAUGGAUUCAUGUCUGAACUGGACCAUUCUCUAAAAUGUUUCCUUCCUGCUCCAGUGUCAGAUCUUUUUAUCAGGUCGUCAUCUUAGGUUGCUCAUAUCUGGCUCUGUUUGUCUCACCAUCAACUCUGUCCAGACUGGAAUUCUGACAUGAUGCUGCACCACGUCUCCCAGUUGUUGUGUGUGCUGUUUUUCAUUUGACCCGUUCAUGUCUUGUGGCAAAUGUGACUUUCUGUGGCUUUCUUUAUUAAUGUCUGACCAUUCUUCCUUUGUGGCCACAUCUGUGAAGUACAUGACUGAUAGACGUGUGGAUGUUACCAGGGUAACCGGCCAUGUCCGAAGGAUCCACAGAGCAGCUGUAUGUAAAAGUGAAGGUACAUGGAGGUGGACCUUACUAAUCUCUGGAAGCAGCUGGUUCCACCAGGAUUUUGUUCAACUGAAUCUGAAAACUUUUAUUUUCAUUUCCAGCCACUUGACAGUUUUUUGCCACAUUUGUGUUGGUCUAUCAAAUCAAAUCACCCCAAAACACAACCAGUCCAGAGGUCUCUCUUUCUUUAUUUUCAUGACUAUUUAAAUUGUGGCUUCUCACUGAAGGCAUCAAAACUAUGAAUGAACACAUGAAUCAUGUAGCGAACAAGAAGAAUAUUUUAUAUUUUAGAUAGAACUCUUGCUUUGUCUCCAUGAGCUUCACAAGGUCGUCACCUGAAAUGGUUCCACUUCAGGAGUCUCCUCAGGUGCGUUUUUGGAGUUUCUGCCUUAAUGAGGUCAUGAAAGUAAAGAAAACCGGUAAAAUGAGAAGGUGAGUCUAGACUUGUUGUGUAGAUACGCUUGUGAUUGUAAUGUGAGGAAAUAAGAAAGGUUCAAGGGUUGUGAACACUUUUGUAAGACACUGUAUGUACUGUAGUAAAUAUGAUUAAUGCUUUAGUGACCUCUGGAACCUCUGGAUCCUUUGGAACCUUUGGAUCCUCUGGAUUCUCUAGAACGUCUGAAACCUUUGGAACCCCUGGAACCUUCGUAACCUCUGGAACCCCUGGAACCAGUUCAAAUGGUUCUUGUCUUGACAGGUCAUAUAAAUCUUGCGUCUCAGUUCCCUGAAAAUUGGAGCUUCAUGGCUGAUCUGUGGCUGUGACCUCGACCGUUAAAUCUGUUUUUCAAAAUAAGUGAUUCUAAAUUGAAGGUUUGCAUUAAGUCAUUUGAUAUUUUUUACUCAAAUCCUUUAAACUGUUCCCUUGGAUUUUACAUCUGAAUAAUCAGUAAAUCAGUAAACCCACUUACGUACAUUAUAAAUACCUCAGUUCUGCUUUAAAUUACACAUUUUAUUAUAAAACAGGUAAUUUUCUCUAUAACCCAUAAAUAAUUAGAACGUGUUCUACACAGUUCUGUUGCAUGUAAAAGGCUCAUUAUGUAGAAAAAACUAUUUGAAACAGGAAAUGAAUGAAUGUUUCCAGAAAAAAGAAGAGUAUAUUUGAAAGUGAAUAUUUAAAGUAACACUUAGAACGACUCUAAACGCUUCCCUCUUACUUCUAAAACAGGCUUCAGUUUAUGAUUUGACAUCAGCUCCGUGUCAUCAGUGCGAGUUAGCGUGUGAAGUGGCUGCUGCUGCGUGGCCCUAACGAGGAGGAGACACAGUAACAUACGUUUGUCGGCUGCUCAGAGUGGCAGUCACCAAAGACAGGAACGCACAAACAACCAGAUCCGUCCAGCAGAGCACAGCAUGUAGCUGUUACACCAUCGACACCAGAUGUUCUUAACAUCCUGAGAAAUAAACUUGAACUGAGGGAACGAGUGGGAGAAGUGGUGAAGGACAGAUGCAGACGUUGAUUCAGAAACUAAAUGUGCCAACUGGAACCAGUGACCUCAUGAACCUGUUGAUAGCAUUUCAUAUUUGUUUUCACUGAUGAGUUUAGUUCAUCCUUCGUCCUGUUUCCUGCUGUCACACGACUUUAUGCUCUAAAACGUGAGAAUGGAAAGGUGACAGAUUCAGAUGCUAAACCAACAGUGGCUCAUGAAUCCGACUGGACGUUCAGAAACCAAAGACGCUGUCAAACUUGCUGUACAGACGUUGUCUCACUUUGAAUAUGUCAAACAUCACAUGCAGAGAUUUGUGUGUUUGAGGUGACACAGCCAUAAACGAUGUCACAAACACUAAAGCUGAGGAGUCAAAGUCACUAACAGUCACAGUGAUCUAUGCAAACAUGGCUCCUGGUUUACAUCAUUGGUCUGAACGUGAUGUGGCGUUGAUCACUAAUAUAUUAAAUGCAGACGAUUCCAAACCUCACGGGUUUGUUACAGUCUCCUAAAGAAGUAAGUCUCAAAUACCCACACAGGUUUGGGUUUGAACUGUAGUGAAGGACGUGUUUCAUGUCCGACUGAAGCUGAAGGUGUUGUUGUCGUUGGCGCCUCGCUGCCCCGGAUGAACCGAGUGGGGACAUGAACCUGCUGUGGAUCACCUUUGUUUUAAUGGCUUGUUUUACUCCAUUGUCCUAUGAUAAAUGUAUGACUAGGCUUUAACUAUCACUAUGUUAGAGACGCAGGCUGACGGGUUGUGGGAUUGGAACACUUCUUUGUACCAGACGUUCAAACGUGAUCCUUGUCCCCACGGCUGAACUCGGCUCUGUCACAGACUGAUGCAUGUCACACACCAGCACUGAGUCUCUGCGCCUGUAAACGCUUGCUUCCACGACCUGUCCUUAGUUUGGCACUGGUUUUGUUGACUGCUUUCUAUUCACAAGUUGCUCUUUCAAUGCACACGUCGGACUUUGCAGUUCACCUAAACUUAAAGACUAAAUCGAAUGCUGUAUUUUUCAGUCUCACCACCUCAACCUCAUGCUCAGUGAUGUGGACACAACCUCCACGUCAAUAACGUGUUCGUUAUUACAGACAUGAUGCUACAGUUUCAUUCCAUUCAGCUGAAGCCAUAAACACAUCAUAUCUGUACAAUGUCAUUCGGUCUAAAUGUUGCUCGUAUUGUAUCGUUAUAAUUCAGUCCACUGUGAGAAAAUAAAGCAUUGCCUAAAAACUCA